UCAGCAACUCGACACAAAGUGUUGUCGCAUUGAGGGAGCUCAUCCAUUGAGUGCCGAAAUCUUACAGUACCGAGGCGUGACAAAAACACGGCAACUGAACACGGAGUCGGCAUAUCGUGUUUCCAGAUAUUCACCGCGGCAUCACAGCUUGUCGAUCCAAUUUAUCCAAAACAACCAACACUGUUCUUGUAUACAUCAGAUUCCGCUCUGCUGCCAAAAACCAUUUGAUCCUGGAAUCGAUCAUUGCUACCAUCAAGGUAGUGUACCAGUCCUGAAAGGUCGCCAAAAUGACUACCGUCGCCGCCUCCACGGCAGCAGCAGCAAGCUUGCUCCUGUAUGCAAACCUCUCCCUUGGAAUAUCAAAAGACCUGAAACAAUAUCGUCUCGAUGCCUCUUGGACCAAACGCUUCCCUCAAUUCCUAGCCAAACUUGGGGCCGACUCACCACAUUUAUACCGAAUGCUCGAGCAAGCCGACCCCAACGCCGACGCACUAUGGUUCGAAGGCCGUACAUGGAACUACCGCGCCAUGAAGCAGCAAGUCGACGAACUAGCAGUCGGCCUUCUCGACCUCGGUGUCCAAAACGGAGACAUCGUAGCCGUCUUCAUGAUCAACUCGCCCGAAAUGGUCUUCACAGUCUACGCCCUGACAAAACUCGGCGCCGCCCCAGCCCUGAUCAACAAUGCCCUCCGAGACGAAACACUCCUCCACUGUGUCAGACUCCCAGCAUCCUCUCUCAUCCUGACAACACCUGAUCUCGCCACGCACGCCGCAUCAGCAGCAAAGUCUCUCAGCGACAGCAUCAAGACGGUCCGUCUGAACGUGGGCUCCUUCCGACCAACAACCACCACCCCUCUGUCCUUAGACCAAGACAUCAUUGACUUCCCAUUCCCCGACCCAUCACGCACAUCCAGCCUCCCUCCAACACCACCCAAAACCCUCGCCUCAACAGCAGCCCUAAUCUACACGUCCGGCACAACAGGCAAACCCAAAGCAUGCAGCGUCAAAAACGCCUUAGUCUGCGUCGUUUCCAACACCACCUCUGUCGACGCCGCCAACCCCAAGAAAUACCUCAACCCGCUUCGCACGUACUCAUGCAUGCCCGUCUUCCACGGCACAACAUUCUUCACCGGCCUAUGCUACUCCACAGCUCAAUCCGGGUGUUUCUGCGUGGGCCGCAAAUUCUCCGCCCGCAAUUUCUGGAAAGAAGUCUCUGAAUGCCGCGCCACCAGAGUCCUCUAUGUCGGCGAACUAGUGCGCUUCAUCCUCGCGACUUCACCAGGCCAGUACGAUCGAGCACACAAUGUCCUGGUGGCAGCGGGCAACGGUCUACAAAAGGACGUCUGGGUCGAUUUCCAACGUCGUUUCAACGUCAAGGAGAUCCGCGAGUUUUAUAGGUCCACCGAAGGUCUUGUGAAGUUCGACAAUAUUCACUAUCGGGGCCGUCCGGGGGCAGGAAGGGUAGGAUAUAUGGGCGUGUUGCGCAAGCAGGUCUUUGAUAAAGGGUCGCAGGCUAUUGUGCGGUUUGACUACGAUACUGAGAAUCCUGUGAGAGAUGCGGAAACAGGUUUCUGUGUGGUCGCGGCGAGAGGGGAGCCUGGGGAAGCGAUUGCCAAGAUCCGGGAUAUGGCGACGUAUACGAAUUAUCAUGGGAACGUGGAGGCGACGGAGAAUAAGCUACUGAGGGAUGUCUUUGAGAAGGGCGAUGUAUGGCAGCGUAGUGGCGAUUUAUUGGUGCAGGAAAGUAAUGGGUGGGUGAAGUUUGUGGAUCGCAUUGGCGAUACGUACCGCUGGAUGGGCGAGAAUGUGUCUGCUGGUGAGGUGAGAGGUUUCAUUUCUGAGUUACCCGGCGUCAAGGAUGCGGUUGUAGUGGGGAGAAGGCUGGAGAAGUAUGAUGGCCAGGCGGGAACGGCGUUGAUCGUGCUUGAUGCUGCAGAUGAGAAGCAAGGAUCUGGUAUGACUGAGGUGGUGUUUAUGGGACGCUUGUUCAAGGAGCUUAGGGGCAAGGGCGUGCCGAGGUAUGCGGUGCCCAGGCUGGUGAUGGUGCGGGAUGAGUUGGUCGAUGUGGGAGAUACAUUCAAGCAUGCUAAGAAUGUGGUUAAGAAUAUCGAUUGGGCUGGUGGUGAUGGGCUGGGAAGGAAGUAUUAUCUUGAUUUGCAGGAGGAGAGGUAUAAGAGGUUGGAUCCCGAAAGUUGGUCGAGCAUUGAGCAGGGGAGAGCGAAGUUGUAACUUCACAGUAGUAACUUGCAGCGCAAUAAAUAAAUCGCAAGGAGGGGAAAAGGAAUGUCAUCAAAGAAAUCAUUAUUCUCUGUUUGGACCUCUCAAAUUGAGCACGGCUUGCAGGGCUGUUUAGAUUGAUCUACGCUCUUCGUAUAACAUCCCAUUGACA